AUGGAAGAUGAAACAGUGGUGCAUAAUGGAGGCUGUCAUUGUAAGAGUGUAAGGUGGAAAGUGAUUGCUCCUUCCAGUGUGGUGGUAUGGGACUGCAACUGCUCAAACUGUUACAUGAGAGCCAAUACACACUUUAUUGUGCCUGCUCACAAAUUUGAGCUUUUGGGAGAUUCUGCUGAGUUUCUUACAACUUAUACGUUUGGCACUCACACUGCAAAGCAUACAUUUUGCAAAAUAUGUGGUAUAACUUCAUUCUAUUAUCCACGCUCAAAUCCAGAUGGGGUUGCUGUUACAUUCAGGUGUGUUGACGCUGGAACGUUGACAAAGGUUGAAAUCAGGAAUUUUGAUGGGAAGAAUUGGGAACAGUCAUAUAAUGAGACAGGUAUCUCUUCAUGUUCAAAGGUGCAGAAGUAA